UUGAGGGUUUGGCUUUGCUAUAUCUCAUCUCUCAUAUGCCUGCUUACCUGAAUUCUCUCCGACGCUUCCUUAGCUUUGUCUCUCUUCUUCAUUCUCUGACAAUAUUUCUCUAUCUCAUUCAUGGUAGGUCCAUUGGACCAUCUUCAAUUCAGUUACAUUAGAAAAUGAAAGUCAUUUUAUCCAAAGAAGAUUUGAGGGUUUACAGAGAAACCUGGGAAGAACUGAGCUAUCCGGUCUGGGAUUGAGAAAUCCUUCCAGCAGUGCAGCUUUCAUUCGAUAUUUUAUUGGGUUUUUGAUAUUGGAGGCUUUAGAUUCUUUUUUCGUUUUUCUUUUUUUAAUAUUAUCGUCUUUUUUUUUUUUUUUUUUUUUGUUCUUUUUUUGGAUAGACAUUCAAUUCCAUUGCUUGUUCGAGGGUUAGGGUUUUAGAGGUGAAAGUCUGUACUUUUUGGGUCUGUUUAGUAGUUUUCUGAAUUGGGUAUUUGAGCUUGAAGCGUGUAUGUAUAUGGAUACUAGGAGCUGGGUGUUUGAGGUUCAAGGAUAUUAGUAUAUUGGCAUUCUUAGUCUGAUCAAGCUAUGAGUCGUAGGGUUCGGCGGAAGGUGAUAAAGAAGGGGAAGGUUGUGUCAGCAAGUUACCCAGAAAUUGAAGAGGACUUUAUAGGUCUGGAGGUGAAUGAAGCUGUUGAUUGGACAAGCUUGCCUGAUGAUACAGUGAUUCAGCUAUUUUCAUGUUUGAAUUACCGGGACAGGGCAAGCUUGUCAUCAACAUGUACGACUUGGAGGGUUUUGGGUGCUUCUCAGUGUUUAUGGAGUUCAUUGGAUCUUCGUGCUCACAAAUUUGAUGUGGCAAUAGCUGUUUCACUUGCUUCUAGAUGCGUGAAUCUUUGUAAGCUUAGGUUUCGUGGGGCAGAGUCUGCUGAUGCAAUAAUUCAUCUUCAAGCUAGGAAUUUGCGUGAAAUAAGCGGUGAUUACUGCAGAAAGAUAACUGAUGCUACUCUGUCUGUGAUUGUGGCUCGGCAUGAGGCUUUGGAAAGCCUUCAGCUUGGGCCAGAUUUUUGUGAGAGGAUCACUAGUGAUGCUAUAAAAGCAAUAGCAUUUUGCUGUCCAAAGUUGAAGAAACUUAGGUUGUCUGGGAUAAGGGAUGUUAAUACUGAGGCCAUCAAUGCUUUGGCCAAGCAUUGUCCAAAUCUGGUCGAUAUUGGAUUCCUGGACUGUUUAAAUGUGGAUGAGGCAGCCUUGGGAAAUGUUGUGUCUGUUUGUUUCCUCUCAGUGGCUGGAUCAUCCAAUAUUGAUUGGAGUGUGGUUUCAAAUAGUUGGCACAAGCUGCCUAAAUUGGCUGGCUUAGAUGUUUCAAGAACUGGUAUUGGUCCAACUGUUGUUUCUAGAUUAUUAUCUUCGUCCCAGAGCUUGAAGGUUUUGUUUGCUUUGAAUUGUCCAGCUCUUGAAGAAGACACAAGCUUCAGCACUGGUAAAAACAAAGGCAAAUUAUUACUUGCUCUAUUUGCUGAUAUUUCGAAAGGAAUAUCUUCUUUAUUUGUCGACACUACGAUGAAAGGAAAGAAUCUGCUUUUGGAUUGGAGGAAUUCAAAAACCAAUGAUAGAAACCUAGAUGAGAUCAUGACUUGGCUUGAAUGGAUCCUGUCCCACACCCUUUUGCGUACUGCUGAGAGCAAUCCACAGGGUCUGGAUGAUUUCUGGCUGAAGCAAGGGGCAGCACUGUUGCUCACCUUAAUGCACAGUGCACAAGAAGAUGUUCAAGAAAGGGCUGCAACUGGACUAGCAACCUUUGUUGUUAUUGAUGAUGAGAAUGCCAGCAUAGAUCGUGGAAGGGCUGAAGCAGUCAUGCGUGAUGGUGGGAUCCGUCUUCUUCUAAAGCUUGCAAAAUCUUGGCGAGAAGGGCUUCAGGCUGAGGCUGCAAAGGCUAUUGCAAAUUUGUCUGUUAAUGCCAAUGUUGCAAAAGCUGUUGCUGAAGAAGGAGGAAUCGAUAUCCUUGCUGGGUUGGCAAGGUCUAUGAACAGGCUGGUUGCUGAAGAGGCAGCUGGAGGGCUAUGGAAUCUUUCUGUUGGAGAAGAGCACAAGGGUGCCAUUGCUGAGGCUGGUGGAGUGAAAGCUUUGGUUGAUCUUAUAUUCAAAUGGUCCACUGGUGGUGAUGGAGUUCUUGAACGUGCAGCUGGUGCCUUGGCAAAUUUGGCAGCUGAUGACAAGUGUAGUAUGGAAGUUGCAGUGGCAGGUGGGGUACAUGCUUUGGUGAUGCUUGCACGUAACUGCAAGUUUGAGGGAGUGCAAGAGCAGGCUGCUCGUGCCUUGGCAAAUUUAGCUGCCCACGGAGAUAGCAAUAGCAACAAUGCUGCUGUUGGACAAGAGGCAGGUGCUCUUGAAGCUCUUGUUCAACUUACACGUUCUCCUCAUGAAGGUGUCAGGCAAGAAGCUGCUGGUGCAUUGUGGAAUUUGUCAUUUGAUGACAGAAACCGAGAGGCAAUUGCAGCAGCUGGUGGGGUAGAGGCAUUGGUUGCUCUUGCACAGUCAUGUUCAAAUGCCUCCCCAGGUCUUCAAGAGAGAGCAGCUGGUGCUCUUUGGGGAUUGUCUGUAUCUGAAGCAAAUAGCAUUGCAAUUGGACGAGAAGGAGGUGUUGCACCACUUAUUGCACUUGCUCGCUCUGAUGCUGAAGAUGUCCAUGAGACUGCUGCCGGUGCUCUUUGGAACCUUGCUUUUAACCCUGCUAAUGCUCUCCGAAUAGUGGAAGAAGGGGGAGUUCCAGCACUUGUUCAUCUUUGUGCUUCAUCAGUAUCAAAGAUGGCACGUUUCAUGGCUGCAUUGGCACUAGCUUAUAUGUUUGAUGGAAGAAUGGAUGAGAUUGCACCAAUGGGACCUUUGUCAGAAAGCACAUCAAAGAGUGUGAGCUUAGAUGGGGCUAGAAGAAUGGCAUUGAAGCACAUUGAAGCUUUUGUUCAUACUUUCUAUGAUCCACAAGCAUUUGCAGCAGCUGCUGCUUCAUCAGCUCCAGCAGCAUUAGCACAAGUAACAGAAAGAGCUCGUAUUCAAGAAGCAGGACAUCUGAGAUGCAGCGGAGCUGAAAUUGGAAGAUUUAUCUCCAUGCUCAGAAACCCUUAUCCUAUACUCAAGGCAUGUGCUGCAUUUGCUCUACUCCAGUUCACCAUUCCUGGUGGUCGACAUGCUGUGCACCAUGCAAGCCUUAUGCAGAGUGCUGGAGCAGCACGGAUUCUACGUGCUGCAGCUGCAGCUGCAACUGCCCCCAUGGGGGCUAAGAUCUUUGCAAAGAUAGUACUUCGCAACCUUGAACACCACCAAGCAGAACCUUCCUUGUAAUGAAGGAAGGCAACACAUUUCAUGUUUGGAAGAUGAAUAUCAUAUCCCAUUAGAAGAUUUUAUGGUCUCUGUAAUUUCUGCCUAAGAGAUCCAUCAAAGCAGGACCAAUUAGUAUUUUUUUGUGUUUUCUACUUCUACUUUCUAGAGUGUUUGUCUUAGGUUCAAGAAUGAAUCUCUUUCCCCUUCUUUGUAAGAAAUCUUUUACCUGGGGACUGAUCUAAAUCUAUAUACCUCAUUAGUAUUUCUUUUAUCCGUAUUCAUUGUGACAACAUUUUCUAUAGAAUCAUAAAAAUGUCUAUUGCUU